GAUAUUUUAUUCUCUCUCUCUUACCCACACUAACACACAGGUUUCUGUCUGACAGUUGAGGAGCUGUAGGAGGUCGUCAUGACGUUCAGGAUUCUUUACUGUUUACUCAUCACUCUGAUACUGAGGCCAUUCAGCAUAUGUACAGGUGAGGUGUGUGAGCAGAUCACUGAUCUGGAUCUGAAACACUCUAUACUGGGGACCCAUCUGGAGGUUCGUCUGAUUCUCUACACACGUGAAAACGUAACCUGUGGGAGGCUGCUGUCCCACGAUGAUCCGUUUGCCACACCCACCUUUAUUCCUACCCGACCCACUACCUUCCUCAUCCAUGGCUACCGGCCCACCGGUUCUCCCCCCGUCUGGAUGACCAUGAUGGUAGAGUCCAUCCUGAACCGCAGUGACAUCAAUGCCAUUGUAGUAGACUGGAACCAUGGAGCAACCAACAUCAUCUACGCCACAGUUGUGAGGAAUACUCGAACUGUCGCUGACAACAUCACACACUUUAUACAGAAAGCAAAACUGUCCCUCAGUUCCAUCCACAUGAUUGGUGUGAGUUUAGGAGCUCACAUCUCUGGCUUCACAGGGGCAAAAUUUAAUGGCUCCAUUGGCAGGAUUACAGCUCUGGAUCCAGCAGGUCCGUUGUUCCGAGGAAAACCUUCUGACGAGCGCUUGGAUCCAUCAGACGCCCAGUUUGUUGAUGCUCUGCACACAGACAUGGAUGCAUUUGGUUAUCGGGAUUCUCUCGGACAUAUUGAUUAUUACGCAAAUGGAGGAUCUGAUCAGCCCGGCUGUCCUAAGACCAUCUUCUCAGGUUCAAAGUAUUUUAAAUGUGAUCAUCAGCGCUCAGUGUUUCUAUAUUUGGACUCACUGAAUCAGUCUCGUCACAUCACAGCAUAUCCGUGCUCUGAUUACUCGAACUUCCUGAAUGGGAUGUGUUUAAGCUGUGAACGCUUCAACUCCUCUGGCUGUCCGGUGUUUGGUUACGAUGUGAGCAGAUGGAAAGAUGUUCUGCUGAAGCUCGGACAGACAGCAACGUUUUUCACCACAAACAAAGAAGCUCCAUUUUGCCAAAGUGAAUAUAAGGUGGAGAUCAUGAGCUGGAACUCUGAGGCACGAUGGGGCUCCAUCACCAUCACGCUAAAGAACAGAGCUCAGGAGACAGAGACUCGGAUUGACCAUAAGUCAUAUGAAUUCCAGAGGUUCACUGAGAUGACGUUGCUGGCGCAGUUCGAGCGAGACGUUUAUCCUGUGGAGAAAAUCACUCUGAAGUAUGUGACGGCCAACAAGCUUAGAUCUCGCUAUAAACUGCGUGUCCUCCGUUUCCGCCUUACUCCUCUGAAGAGCGACCUGAGACCUUUGUGCCGCUAUGAUCUUCUGCUGGUAGAAAACAAAGACGUCACUUUCAGACCCAUUUCCUGUCACGACAACAACUUCUGAUUCAGGAACAGAUGCAGAACUCAGACCAGCACACAGACAGAGUAUAUGAUCGAUCAUCACUCCCUCCCUCACUCAGUCCCACAUUAUUUCACUCCUUCACUCACACUCUAUACAUUAACAUGCUACACCAAACAAAAAUGACCAGCUCAAGGAACGUUUCACCACUGAGCAGGAACCAGUUCAGGAACGUGACUGAGACAAGAGAGAUGAGGUACAAGAUCAGAGCCAAAACCAAAACAGGAUCAGAACCAGUAUGGGAACAGGAUGAGAACAGGAACCAUGCAGGAACCUGGUUAGGAGCAGGACAAGAUAGAACCGGAAUGUGUUCAGGAUGAAAGCAGAAAUGGAAAAGAAUCAAGAUCAGAAGAGCAUCAGGAGAAACAGAGCCUGAAACAUUUCCUAUUAUAAUUAUAAAAUAAUAUAAAAAUCUUUAACAGAUAAUAAUCUAAAUAUCAAGUGUUGGUCAUGUGGUGAAGGAUACAGUAUGAAAUAUUAUUCUCAUUUAUUCUUUAUAAUUGGUUUUGGUUUAAACAUAAAUAACCUCUUUUUUUACUUUUGUAUUAUUUUAAUUUAUUAAGUAUGUACAGGAAGUUAGAAUU